AUGGUGCGCACUUUGAAUGUAUUGGCUGAGAGUAAGGGGGUUAGAGAAGAAGCAAGUGCGACGAGUAGACGCGUCGCUGAACGAGUAUUGAAAUGUGCCUCAGAGUUGGCCCGGUCUAGAAAUGGAAUGCGGGUCGCUGAGAAAAUCGAAGUAACGGAUUUCGUGGACAGCAAGAAACUACCAGUUGCGCUGAGAGCGGACAUGGUGUCUUUGGCCCAAGAAGAUAUAGCAGGGUCUGUGGAUCUGCUGAAGAGCUUAUCACCAUCCGUUAGAAAGCUUGAGGCAAAUCCUGAUGGAGGGAUGAUGAUGGAUAAUGAGGCCAUGAAUAGCCUUUAUUCACUCAGAGGCAAUAGAGCUAGAAAAAUGGGGAUAACCAAAGAAUAUUUGCAGCAUAUACGGCGGCAGGAAGAACUACUAAUGGGUGUGUUAAUGGAAUAUUUGCGGUACCAAAGAGGGCAGCGAUGCAACGGACUAAUCACCGAUGCUAGACCUUUCAAUCUGCUUCUGUAG